GAUACUGAUACUUUCUGAGCAAAGUACAGCAAUGUUUAUUAAUAAUCGCAAGCGAUAAGUUUUCGGAUUAUCUGCGAAUACAAAAAAACAACUUUGUGUUCGCAUUUAGUAUCGGUCAAAUCAAGUUAAAGGUAGCAGUAGUUCAAGUAGCUAGGAAGCUGUAACACUCGUUGCAAAGCUGCUAUCCAUUUUUGUUGAGUGUUACUUCGUCGAGAAUGGGCGUUCUACAGAUCAUAGGCAAAGUCAUAACGAGCAGUGCUUUAAUAUUUGUUAUUGUCGUUUUGGUUCCGGGAGUGCCUCCAGAUGUUGAGUUCGAAGUAAUCAACGCCAAAUUACCGUUAGAACUAAAUGGAAAACUAGCUCCAAAUGUUGUCCUUGACAGAGCUUCACCAAUGAAAUUGGAUUUGGAAAUUGAAGGGCCCGAAUCAAUUGCUAUUUCACCGAACGGAAAGGAUAUAUACACCGGAAUCGUUGGUGGGGAGAUCAUUCGUGUUAAUGAAAACGGGCAAGUUAAAAUUAUUGCUAAAUUUGGUCAAGAAUGCGAAGGCGAAUGGGACAUUCUCAAAUGCGGUAGAGUGGCCGGUCUAAGAUUUGACUCGACUGGUACGCUAUUCGCAGCUGAUGUAGCUCUUGGAAUCUUUAAAGUUAACGUAGACACAGGAGCGUACGAGCAAGUUGUCCCAAUGGACAUUCCAAUUGAUGGAAAAUUAGUUAAAUUCGCCGAUGAUUUGGAUAUCGGUAAAGAUGGCAAAAUAUACUUUUCCGAUGCCAGUACCAAUGUCGAUCCAUCCUUAAUGAUACUGGAACUUUUGGGACCACCCAGUGGCCGACUGAUACAAUUUGAUCCAAAGACAAGAACAUCUAAAGUCCUUAUUGACAAUUUACAUUUUGCGAACGGAGUUCAGUUAUCGCGGGACGAAGAUUUUGUUAUGGUCGCCGAGUUGGUGCGGUCGAGAGUGUGGAGAUACUUCUUGAAGGGUGAUCGGAAGGGUGAAAGUGAAAUUUUUGUGGACCAACUCCCAGGACUGCCCGAUAAUAUACGCCCAAAUGGAAAAGGUGGUUACUUCAUAGUGCUGGCUAGUCCCAUAAGAACGGCCGAGGCUCCAGGACUUAUAGACACGCUGGGACCGCUGCCUCUUAUCAGAAAAUUUGUUGCAAGGACUAUAGUUUUAGUUAAUGGAUUCUUGACGCUUACUGAAAUGUUUCUUCCCAGCACUUACGUUCAUCAAUUACAGUUCUAUGUAUCUCAUUUAGGUCCCCUUGGACAACUGAACAUGCAGCCAAAGGAUGUCAUAAUUGUUGAAAUAGACAACAAUGGAAAAAUUAUUGGAAGUUUUCAUAAUAAAAAUGGUCCAAUUUCCCAUUCCAGUGAAGUGCAAGUUGGCAAAGAGUUUACAUACUUCGGUUCUGCUUCCGCUAAACAUAUUUACAGAAUGAAAACCACAGAUUUCAAGCUCUAGUUCAUGGUGUUUGUGGUCUCGCCGUUUGUUCAUUAGAAUGUGAUGUUGUUAUAGAAGCUAAUAAAAAUAAACCUCUGGUUUAUAGGCAAAAUGGAAAU